UAAGUGGCAGAACGGGCCGCGUCCCUUUAUGCGCCCUCGCUCCCUUCCUCGAGCCCUUAAUCAGCGAGGAACUUUCUGUCCUGCGUUUUCUUCUUGUUUUUUCUCGAGUUCUGCUCCAAAUCCUCCCGCAGGCGGCAGAACUCCGUUCACGAAGAACACCAACCCCGCAAACACCAGCACGCCCUGGAACUCAAGCGUACUUCGUAGGACACGAGUGAGGGUAUUGGAACUCGUCCGCGGGCAGCGAGGGACAGUGUAUUGAGUGUGGACGCGGCUACAAUGUCACUGGAGCGCUGUGAGAGUGACUGGAGGGAAAUAGAGCAGGAAUAUCAGCAGCUACAGGAGACUCAUAAAGUGUACAGGCAGAAGCUGGAGGAGCUGACCAGCUUGCAGGCCAUCUGCAGUAGCUCCAUCUGCAAACAGAGGAAAGGCCUUAAAGAGCUCCGGAAAACGCUCCACAAGUGUGCAAAGGCAUGUGAUGCGGACCAAUCGGAGGUGAUCGCUGAUCUGCAGACUCAGAUUAAGGAGAAGCAGAAUGUGUUCUUUGAUAUGGAAUCUUAUUUACCAAAGAGGAACGGGCUGUAUUUAAAUCUGGUCCUGGGGAAUGUGAAUGUUACACUACUGAGUAAUCAGGCAAAGUUUGCGUAUAAAGAUGAAUAUGAGAAGUUUAAGCUUUAUAUGACUAUAAUCCUAAUGUUCGGCGCUGUUACCUGUCUCUUCCUGCUUAACUACCGUGUUACAGAUGAAAUCUUUAAUUUUUUGUUGGUGUGGUAUUACUGCACUCUGACCAUCCGGGAGAGUAUACUGAUGAGUAACGGCUCCAGGAUUAAGGGCUGGUGGGUGUCACAUCACUACGUGUCGACCUUCCUGUCGGGAGUGAUGCUCACCUGGCCUGAGGGGGCGAUAUAUCAACUGUUCAGGAGUCAAUUCCUCGCCUUCUCCAUUUACCAGAGUUUAGUACAGUUUCUGCAAUAUUAUUAUCAGAGUGGGUGUCUGUAUCGGCUCCGGGCUCUGGGGGAGAGGAACCAGCUGGACCUGACCGUAGAGGGGUUCCAGUCAUGGAUGUGGAGGGGUUUAACCUUCCUGCUGCCAUUUCUCUUCUUUGGACAUUUCUGGCAGCUGUAUAACUCAGUGACUCUGUUCCGGCUGUCUGCUCGCGAAGACUGCAAAGAGUGGCAGGUGUUCAUGUUGGCGCUAACAUUCCUGGUGCUGUUCCUGGGGAACUUCCUGACAACACUAAAGGUGGUCCACCAGAAGCUCCUGAAGAACCAGGAGGAAAUCGAGCACAAGAGUGACUGAACCGACAGCCAGGAGCCACUGUGGGGCACCAUGGAGCUCGGCGGUGCCGUAUCUCUGAACGCUAAAGAGACUGCGACCCUAAGGGUUUGGGGAGUAACCCAGAGAUCCUCACAUUUCACCCUGUACCGUUUAUUUUUUGCUUUGUUUAAGUGUGGCGAGUCCGGGUCCGGGUCCGCCCUGGAAUUCUGCUCUGACUGCCUGGCCUCGAUCCAGCAAGGUGUUCAGAACCCCAGGGCGCAUCCGGACCCGGACUCUCCAGCUCGGCUCUGUUGCUGUUAGGAUGGUGAUUUGGGGGUUGGACUCUGUGCUCCUUGCCAUCGUAGCGCUGUAGCUUCAGUAGGCAAACAAACUUUGCUCGGUUUCGGGUUUCGGGUCAAUGCAUGAAUGUUUACAAAGAAUCACAGGUCCACUUUAUUUACCUUUUUUGCUGGGAGAUACACUGAUGGUCAAAGGGACGAGAGAGUGUGUAUGUGUGUGUGUCUGUGUGAUGAUCAUGAUGAUGUAUGUUUAAAUGAUGCUGAAUAAAGUUCAGUUGUUACUGACUUUCUCCCA